AUGAAUGCCGAUUGUUUUGAGAAAUGGUUUAGUGAGGUCUUGCCAAAAUUAAAACCUAAUUCCGUGGUUGUGAUAGAUAAUGCCCCCUACCACUCCAGAAAACUAGAAUCGUUGCCUACAAUGUCUUGGACUAAAGCUAGAAUACAAGAAUGGCUAACAAGCAAAAGUGUUUCAUUUGAAGCAACAAUGGUUAAAGCAAAUCUUAUAGACAUUGUACGGCAGCACAAACGAGAACAUUUCGACAAGUAUGUUGUGGACGAGAUGGCAAUGCAGCAUGGGAUAAUUGUUUUACGCCUGCCCCCAUACCACUGUGAGCUCAAUCCCAUUGAAUUGGUAUGGGCGCAGGCUAAAGGAUAUGUUGCAAAAAAUAAUAAAACUUUCAAAAUGGCAGAAGUAAAAAACCUUUUUGAAGAAGGACUUCAACAUAUCACGGCUGAAAAAUGGAGUAGCUGCAUUGCUCAUAUAAUUAAAGAAGAGGAUAACAUGUAUGGUCUCGACAACAUGAUCGACAAUGUUUCAGACAGAUUUAUAAUUAAUGUCACCGAAAGUGAUAGUGAUGAUUUCUCAUCUGAUAAUGAAUAA